AUGAAAAUUUUAUUAUUUAUUUUUUUAUUUUUUAGUAUUGCAUAUUCUUUGCCCUCAAAUAUUAACACUGCCCUAAGUAUAGGAAUUUCUCCAAAAUUUAAAAAAGCAUUUGACGGAGAGUUAUUAGGUUCAAAUGAUUGGUUAAAAAUUUUGGAAUUUAGUUCAAAUAAAAAAGUUAUUAUUGAUAUUUUCGAUAGUUAUAACUCUGAUUUUAUAAAUGAAAAUAAUUUUCAAAUUUUAGUUCAAGAAUUAAGAAGAAACAAAGUAAACUCUAUUGAAUUUAGUUUUAGUUUUUGUUUAAAUUCAAAGAAUAGUUAUAAAGAUAUUAUAAAAACAUUUAAUAAUAAUUUAAGAAAAACCAAUUUAUUCCCAGAAAAUAUUUGGUUUAAUAUUGAAUCAAAUUAUCAAAAUUGUUAUAAUAAUGAUGGCAAAAGUAUUGAUGGUUUAUUGGGUGGAAAUUUAGAUAAUAAAUUUGAUAAAAAUCAAGAGUAUUAUGAAUUUACAAAGGAUGUUUUAAACACAUUCAGAGAAUAUGGUUAUAGUGUUGGCAUCAAAGUUUCAAAAGAAACCUAUAACAAAGUUUUUGGAAAUAUAAAAGAUUCACGUUUUUCAUCAUUCCCAUUGUUUUAUUUAAAGAGUGGUACAAACCAAGAGUUUGAAGAUUAUUAUUUAUCUCCAAUUGGUUUAUGGACAGAUUUUAAAGUUAAACAAUUCAGAAGGUUAAAUGAUAUUAUAAAGAUUUCAAAAGAAGGAGAUGUGGAUAUUUAUUUAAAUUCCCACAAAUUAAUAGGGGGAGUAGACCUUUUCAAUGGAUUUGGAAGUGGAAGUGGUGGUAGUGGUGGAGGUAGUGGUAGUGGCAGUGGUAGUGGUAGCUCCGGCAGUUCAGGAGCCCAAUUGUCUGGUACAGGUGAAGUUCAGUUCUUUUAA